AUGCAAUCAUCAAUUAUUCUUAUCACUGCUCUUGUGACCUUUUUCGCUGUUGGUUUUGCUGCUGAGUAUCCAUCAAUAUUAAUAGACUCAGCAAUUUACGAUGAUAUUGCACUACCACAGUCACGGAACGUUUUCCAACAAUUUCUGAUUAACCAACUCGUUAAUAUUCUUCCUAUAAAUAUUCGUGAUGGUAUUAAUGAUGCUGCAGCAUUAUUUGGAAUGACACGUAAUGAAUUCCUUUUGAGAUGCUUAAAAGAAUUGCAAGCUUUUCAAGCCUACUCAAAAAUUGAUUUUAUUACUGCUAUACAAAAGACGAUAAAAUAUGUUGAUGAAAAGUUAACAGAUGAACAAAAAGAAACAUUAGAAAGUCUGGAACAACAAGGAAUUGCAAUAGCAAAAUUAUUGUUUUCGAACCAAUUACAAUCGGACCAAAAAACUAAUUUUUAUGAUUUAUUAGUUAAGGUUGUUAGGGAAACAAUUGAUGGUGCAACUUUUGUCAUCGAUUUACCAAAAUUGGUUAAUGAAAUCUUAUUGCAAAGCAAUUGA